GGUGGCACUGCCUGCACAGCUAACUUAAUUACUUUUGUAAGUUUGUUUACUUCCAAUAUAUGAUCAUUGAGCGCCUGCGGCAACUGGGUAAUAAGGAAGUCUCUACUUUGUAUGAGAUCUUUUGAAUUUUUAUUUUGGUGGGUGGCAGGAGAAAGAGGGUAAUAAGAGAUUAGCAUACUUUCAUGCUAUGUGGAGUUGGUGGAGAGAUUGUCUGUUUAGAAUGAGUAAGAAAAGUGAGGAAAGAAAGGAAAAAGAAAGAAGAGAAAGAGCGUUUAUUGAGAAUGGAAGCAAGCUAUUGGAGAAGCUGAUUGUCACUUGCAAUGACAAGUCUAUUCCCAUUCGUAGCUUCUCUGCUCAAGAGCUCCAACUAGCAACCAACAACUAUAAAAAUCCUCUGAGAAAGCUUUGGUACAAGGGUUAUCUUGAAGGAAGAAGUUUUUUUGUUAAGCCAAUUCCUGACAAUAAAAUAUGGGCUGAUUUUGCCAUUAAUGAUCUAGUAAUGUCUGCACAGAUGAGCUCUCAUAAAAAUGUAUUAAAGCCUGUAGGGUGUUGUCUCGAGACUCAAUCUCCCAUUUUAGUGUAUGAAUCUGCUAUGAAUGGUUUCCUUAUGGAUAGAAUUUUCGUGUCCCAUGAUACUCGACAACAACAUCAGCCCAUGGAGUGGUCCAGCAGGUUAAAGGUUGCAAGGCAGAUUGCUCAUGCUAUUUCGUAUCUUCAUACCGCUUUCUCUAGGCCCGUCAUCCACAUGGCUAUACAUAUGCGAAAUAUCUUAUUAGAUGAACAUGAUGUUCCGAAAUUGGACCACUUUUUUUAUUCAGUAUCAAUCCCUGAGGGUGAAAUAGACGUGGAAGUUUAUGAUGGCCUUUGGAAUGUAUACUUCAACCCCCCUGAAUUGGAAGGAACGGGCAAGGUAACUGAAAAAUCGGAUGUAUAUUACUUUGGUGAGCUCCUUCUAGAGCUUUUAACUGGAGAGAAAUCAUAUAAUAUAACUCGAUUAGAAACUGAUAAAUAUUCAAGCUUAAUAGCAUACAUUCAUACAUGUGCUCAAGCUUGUUGCAUAAAUGAGAUUGUGGAUCCUGCAAUCUAUUCCGGGAAAGGAGAUGUUAGUUUAAAGCAGCAAUUACAAGCUGUGCUGGACCUUGCCUUGACAUGUACAGAGGAGGAUCCACAGAGAAGGCCGACUAUGGUGGAUGUGACCAAAGAACUCAGACGGAUUGAGAGUAUAUAAAUGUUAGGGUUGAACGGAAUCUACAAAGGUCUAUAUUUAUUCCUCACAACAAGGACAUGAUAGGCGGAAAAUAAAAAGGGGAAACGAUAUUUGACUGAUUGUAAGGGAGCAGGAACAAAAAGAACAUCUGAGAUAUGAAAUGAGCUGAGGUUGAAUUAGCAUCUUCAAACGCACUUGGUUGGAUUGUUUUAGAUUUAGAUAUUUGAGUUAGAUUUGGUUUUAAUGGGUUUAAAAUAAAUUUUGUUUUGAGUAUUUGUAUUAGAUUUGGGUUAAAUUAGUUUUUGGUAUUUGCCUAUGGUGUUUGUAAUUAGAUUUGUAAAUGGAGAUAUGUGUUGGGUGUUUA